GACUUUGACAUCCUUGGCAUAGCGGAUAGUGCGACGUGAUUUCCUGCCCGGCCACUCCUUCCUUCCUGUUGCGUCACGACUUCACAUCGAUCUGAUUGGCUGUUUACUUCGUGGCCUGGCAACCAGAAGAGGCUUUACCAAACAGACUCCCACAAGGAGCAUUGCAGCUAGCGACACUCGCUAGCCUUGUAUAUUUUCUGGAAAAGAUUCAACGGUUCAUAUACCAUCAUGUCUUCACGGACUCUACCUCUGCUCUUUAUUAAUCUCGGCGGGGAAAUGCUGUACAUCCUGGACCAGCGUCUCCGUGCUCAGAAUAUACCUGCUGACAAAGCCAAGAAAGUUAUGAAUGACAUCAUCACCACCAUGUUCAACAAAAAGUUCCUGGAGGAGCUUUUCAAGCCUCAGGAGCUUUAUUCCAAGAAGGCUCUGCGGACUGUGUUCGACAGGCUGGCCCAUGCAUCCAUAAUGAGACUUAACCAAGCUAGUAUGGACAAGCUCUAUGACUUGAUGACCAUGGCUUUCAAAUAUCAGGUGCUUCUCUGUCCCCGACCAAAAGACGUCCUUCUUGUCUCCUUCAACCACAUGGAUGCAAUCAAAGAGUUUGUGAAAGACACUCCCAGCAUACUCAGCCAAGUGGAUGAAACUUACCAACAGCUCAUAGGGAUGUAUACACCGUUGUCCAGUGGUGAAUUCCAGCUGAUUAGACAGACUCUUCUUAUCUUCUUUCAAGACAUGCAUAUAAGGGUGUCUAUUUUCCUUAAAGACAAAGUGCAGAACUCAAAUGGCCGCUUUGUACUUCCCACCAGUGGUCCAGUGCCCCAUGGAACUCAAGUCCCUGGCUUGAUAAGGAUGUUUAGCUGUACUGGUGAGGAGCUGGCCAGGCUGCAGUUCAGUAAUGGAGGGAACUACACUGCUGCUCUCCGAGAAGGGUCUUUUGAGAUGUUUGGAGAUAGAGUCACAAAACUAGGCACUAACAUGUACAGUGUAAGCCGCCCAGUGGAAACUCACAUGUCUGGCACAUCAAAAAAUUCAGCUCAGCACACAAAGGUCAACACUGCUCCCAACCCUCUCGCCAAAGAGGAACUGAACCUGCUGGCUAGGUUAAUGGGAGGGUUAGAAGUUCAGAAACCAGGAAACACUGAUAGUGGCUUCCGAAUUAACCUCUUUGCCACAGAUGAAGAAGAAGUGGAGGCAUUAAAAUCAAGACCAGAUGAGCUUUCAUAUGGAAUCAUAAACAUCCAAGCUACAAAGGACCAACAGGCUAAUGCGGAACUCGCCAAGAUCAUGGGAGAGUUCACGGAGUCUGGAGAUCAGUCUCCCGGUGCCAGCAGCAAAGGAGACGACCUUCUGGCCAUGAUGGACGGUCUGUGACCAGCGGUUUUAGACUCAAGUCGGAAUCAAGAGUCUGCACUUCUGAAGAUCAGUGUCAGUAACUGCAAACACACCACCGCAACCUCAUAUGGCGAAAGAAAACCUCCAUCUUGCGGUGCUUCUAUUGGUUGUCAGACAACUGAAUAUUUGCAUUUCGCAACAAAGAAUGUGUGGCGAGACAAACUCUAAGUGGUAAUAUGCUGUAAUAGAACAUUAAGUGUAAACGGAGAAGAGUUUCAGGGCAGCAUGAUAUACGGUAGGCCUAUAUGAGUGUGACACGUGCAGUAAUAACAAAACAUCUGUUUAUACUGUAAGCUCUUUGUCAAUUGCACAUUCCUUUAAUGUCACAGUGUCAUUUAAUCUUAAACAUACACAGUUACAGUUGCAUUACAGUUUUAGUUUUGGAUUUUCAGGUUUGUAGCGUAAUUUCAGGACAUUUGUUUAUUUCACCAUAUAUCUUAUCACAAGAAUAUCUUCUCUUUACAUGGUGUGAAGAGGAAGUUCAUUAACCUCUUCUGUAUUUUAAUGAAAACGUGAUUAAAUCAUAUUGUGGCACAAUCAGAGGGAACCCAAGUGCUCUUUCUGUUCUCCCUCAGUUCUUACACCAUGCUGUUCUACUUUAAAAGAGUUUGAGCUUAUUCCACUAACCUGUGAUGUCUAUGAAUGUUACAGUACAUGCAAUAUAAUUAUUUGUUGUCUAACAUGUAAAUUUGUUUGUUGCAUACUUUAUUUACUGAAUGUAUUAUUUUGUGUAUAGAAAUAAGAAUAUUGCUGCAAUUGUUGAACGUGCAACGUAGUAUUUUUAAUAAAUAGAUUUUAAAAAAAUCCUCUUUUUUUUACACACA